CUGUAUCUGUCCCAUCUCUUGGGCCUUUUUGCCUAAAUGAGGUCUUUCUCAAGCAGUGAAGCACAAUCUUCUUAUGCAUCGUUUUCCCUCUAAUUAUCCCAUCUCUCUUUCAUCGAACACUUCGGUGACAUCAACUAAACUCGGAGAGAUAAACCUGCUUACAACCUUCAAAGGUAACACCUUUCCAAUUUCCAGCGCACAGAACUGCACUUAUUCACACUGGGUUUCUCUAAUAUGUAAUAAAUUCACAACCUUUUUUACUUGAUUUCUUUAGCGAGUUUCACAUUUCGGCGCAGUUUUGGAUUGUUCAUCUCUGUAUACUCGACUCCAUCAUAAUUGAAUUGGUGAGGAGUUUAUAGAGUGACAGUUAGACAGAGGGGAAGUGAUACUUAGGAAUUCGAAUUUUGUUGAAUUUCUGUAUCUUAGGGUAGUUCUGCUGUUGGGAUUUGGGAAUUGGGAGUGCUUAAUGAGAUAAUUAUUGUGUAAACCAAUGGCUAGUAUUACAUCUCCAGUAAAUUUGGGAAGCAUAUGCAGCUGUCAUAGGGGACAAAUUGAAGGGUCAUAUACACUGGUUAGAAGGGUUUCUUUUGGUAAAGAUUUUAGAAGUUUUCAUAGGAUUAGGAUUGGUAGGAGAUGGAGAUACAUGUCUGUUUGUAGACACUCAGUUAUCACUGAUUAUAUUGCUGAUCAGGGGACUUCAACAUCCCUUGAUUUGUCGCGAGGAAGUAGUAAGGAUGCUGCCGUUGAUGAUCCUUUAUUGAGGUCUAUUCCUAGACCUCAGCUAAAGUAUGGGCUGAAAGCUGGUCCUCCUUUAAGCACGAGUUCUUUAACUUGGAAUGGGGCAAAAACCGGCCAGUUUUCAGAUGGUGACAAGGGAGGCAAUAAUGGGGAAGAUAAAAACGAGGUGAUUGAGUCCCUUGGAGAGGCAUUGGAGAAGGCAGAGAAGCUAGAAACUAGUACUAAGGUCCCUAUUAAGAAACUACCAGCCAGCACAAAUUACUCGGUGGCUGGUCCCAAUAGGAAGUCUAAAACAUUAAAGAGUGUCUGGGUGAAGGGGAAUCCAGCAGGUGUUGUGAAAAAAGUUGUUAAGAAACCUCUUAAACGAGAACAAAAAAUUGACACAAGGGGGAAGGCUGAGUUUGAACCUGUUUCCCCUCUUAGGCCUCAUCAGUUGCCUCAAAAAGUCCAACCAAAGGUACAAGCAAAGCAGCCUGUAGCUCCUCCAUCUGUAAUAAAGAAACCAGUUAUCUUGAAUGGUGUGGGUGCAGUAGCUAAGUCCCCAACUGCUGAUGCGAUUGAAUUAGCUGCAAAGAACAAAGAACACAAACCAAUUUUGAUUGAUAAGUUUGCCACUAAAAAGCCUGCACCUGAUCCUCCUAUUGCUCGAGUGGUUUUAACCCCUCCAAAACCCAGGAAGAGCCCUCCAUUUGGGAAGUCCAAGGAGGAGUUUCAUAAAAAGAGUGGUGCAUCAGGAGGACCGCGUAGGCGUGCAGUUAAUGAUGACUAUGAUGAGAUUCCUGAUGAAGAGGUGUCAGAACUUGAUGUUUCCAUACCCUCUGCUGCUAAAGCACGGAAAGGCAGAAAGUGGACCAAGGCAAGUCGCAAGGCAGUGAGAUUGCAAGCAGCCAAAAAGGCUGCUCCUGUCAAAGUAGAAAUUUUGGAGGUUAAUGAAGCAGGUAUGUCAACAGAGGAGUUGGCAUACAAUUUAGCCAUGAGUGAAGGCCAAAUUCUUGGUUACUUGUACACAAAGGGAAUCAAACCUGAUGGUGUUCAAACACUUAGCAAAGACAUGGUGAAGAUGAUAUGCAAAGAGUAUGAAGUGGAAGUUAUUGAUGCUGAUCCUGUUCGGGUAGAAGAAAUGGCUAAAAAGAAGGAAAUUUUAGAUGAUGAUGAUGUAGGCAAAUUAGAAGAUAGACCACCUGUUGUCACAAUAAUGGGCCAUGUAGAUCAUGGAAAGACAACUCUUUUGGAUUACAUUCGAAAUAGCAAGGUGGCAGCAUCUGAAGCUGGUGGGAUUACUCAAGGAAUUGGUGCAUAUAAGGUGAAGGUACCUAUAGAUGGCAGGCUCCAGACAUGUGUCUUCCUUGAUACUCCUGGACAUGAGGCCUUUGGAGCAAUGAGAGCUCGUGGAGCUAGAGUCACCGACAUUGCUAUCAUUGUGGUAGCUGCUGAUGAUGGGAUACGGCCUCAGACAAAUGAGGCCAUUGCUCACGCCAAGGCAGCUGGAGUUCCAAUUGUGAUUGCCAUAAAUAAGAUUGAUAAGGAUGGAGCUAAUCCAGAGCGAGUCAUGCAAGAUCUUUCCUCGAUAGGUUUGAUGCCUGUAGAUUGGGGUGGUGACAUCCCAAUGGUUAAGGUCAGUGCUCUCAAAGGAGAGAAUAUAGAUGAUUUGCUGGAAACUGCCAUGCUUGUAGCUGAGCUUCAAGAGUUGAAGGCUAAUCCUCACAGAAAUGCCAAGGGAACUGUGAUUGAAGCCAGUCUUGAUAAAUCAAAAGGACCCAUAGCUACAUUCAUUGUACAGAAUGGGACAUUAAAAAGGCAAGAUGUGGUGGUUUGUGGUGAGGCUUUUGGAAAGAUUCGUGCUUUAUUUGACGACAAUGAGAAACGUGUUGACGAAGCUGGACCUUCCAUACCUGUACAGGUAAUUGGGUUGAAUACUGUUCCAAUUGCUGGUGAUGAAUUCGAGGUGGUUGGCUCCCUUGAUAUUGCUCGUAAAAAGGCCGAGGAACGGGCAGAAUCCUUGAGAAAUGAGCGUAUAUCAUCUAAGGCUGGAGAAGGGAAAGUUACACUAUCUUCAUUUGCUUCUGCUGUUUCAUCAGGAAAGCUUACUGGGCUAGACUUGCACCAACUGAAUAUUAUUCUCAAAGUUGAUUUUCAGGGAUCAAUUGAGGCUGUCAGACAAGCUCUCCAGGUGCUACCCCAGGAUAAUGUUACCCUGAAGUUCCUAUUGCAAUCCACAGGAGAUGUUAGCACCAGCGAUAUUGAUCUUGCUCAUGCAAGUAAAGCAAUUAUUUUUGGAUUUAAUGUCAAGGCGCCGGGCUCUGUCAAAAGCUAUGCAGACAACAAAUGUGUUGAGAUCCGAUUAUACAGAGUCAUAUAUGAACUCAUAGAUGAUGUGCGAAAUGCGAUGGAAGGACUCCUGGAACCUGUUGAGGAACAAGUGCCAAUUGGUUCAGCUGAAGUGCGGGCAGUGUUCAGCAGUGGUAGUGGCCGUGUUGCUGGAUGCAUGGUAACCGAGGGAAAAGUAGUGAAAGAACAUGGAAUUCGGGUUGUUAGGAAAGGUAAAGAAGUCCAUGUCGGUGUCCUCGAUUCACUACGACGAGUAAAGGAGAUAGUGAAAGAGGUAACUGCUGGAUUAGAGUGUGGAAUUGGCAUUAAGGAUUUUGAUGAGUUUGAGGUUGGAGAUACCCUUCAAGCCUUCAAUGCAACACAAAAGAGAAGAACACUUGAGGAAGCAUCUGCCUCAAUUGCCGCAGCACUUGAAAAAGUGGGGAUAGAUCUAUGAAAGGAAUCAAGGCAGGCUAAAUAUCACAACUUUCAGAUGGAUAACUAGUUGGCUUUUGGCUUAUACGGGGAUAGAUCUAUGAAAGGAAUAAAAGCAAGUUGGCUUUUAUCAAUACCAACCGGUCCAACAAUUUUGUCAUAAACUUCACAACUUUCAAAUAGAGCUAGCACGCCUACGCCUACCAAUCUUGCAUACUGGCACAGAAAAUUACAAUGCAGAUGACCUUAUCUUGCAUACUGGCACAGAAAAUUACAAACAAUUUUGUCAUAAACUUCACAACUUUCAAAUAGAGCUAGCACGCCUACGCCUACCAAUCUUGCAUACUGGCAUAGAAAAUUACAAUGCAGAUGACCUUAUCUUGUAUACUGGCACAGAAAAUUACAAUGCAGAUGGCCUUUGCUGAUUGCCUGUCUUAAAGACUGUUAGUGAAAGGGUUAAGGACCAAGGGUUGCCCCAUCUUUAUAUUUUUGAGUUCAAUGACAUCUUUAUAUUUUUGAGUUCAA